GUAAAUAUAUUAAAGUUUAAUACAAUUUUUUGCACCAACAAACAGCAUACAACUGACAGACGUGAUAAACACUUGCAGUGACAGCAAAAAAAGAAAAAGAGAAAGAGAAAAAAAAUCGAAGAAUCCCCUUGCGAUGGCCGAUGUUGAAAAAAUGACGGUCGCGUCAGCGACCGAUAUACCCGUGUCAUCGCCAAACAUUAGCGAAACAGGCGCAGCUAGCGGCAGCAUGGCCGAGCUGGGCACCUCGCCCACACAGGAACCGUCGAGCAACUCCCAUCCCCAUGACUCUGAAUAUGACACGGCCAGUGAUCUGGAGGGCGGUGAGGGUGAUUACGAUGAUGAUGAAAGCGAAAGCGACGAGGAGACUGAAACCGAUGAGGACGAUGCCGGCUCCGAGACCGAAGAGGACGAGGAUGAGGAUGAUCUUGGCAGCGGCACGGUCAGUGGCAAUGGCCUGGAACGCAGCGGUGUCGACAGCGAGGCACAAAAGAAAGUCGACGAGGAUCGCAGCAACCCACAGUACAUACCGAAACGUGGCACCUUCUACGAGCAUGACGAUCGCACGGCCGAGACGGAGGCCGAUGGUGUUGUAGAUACUGCCAGCGACGGCGGCCAAUGCCCACCAGGCGUGGAACCCACUGGUGGCGACGUGUCCAAUGGUAGCAUUGCCACAGGCACCGCAUCGUCCGGACAAACGCCCACCAUUUCGCAGGCCUCCAAAACUAUGAAAAAGUGGCAGCCAGCCUCGGGUGGUGACCGUUGGUCGCACGAUCGCUUCGAGGCCAGUGAGCAGGCGCCCAAAACGCGGGUCGAGCUUAUGCAAGCCUAUGGCUAUGAUAUACGCAACGAGGAUGCGGCACCGCGUGCGCGUCGACGCAGACGCUAUGGACGCGGUCCGAUGAAAUACUCUAGAAACUGGGCAGAUGAGCAGGCCUAUCUGAAGGCGAGCAACAAGGAGCGCAAGCCCCCGCGACCUCAGGACUUUCCGGCGCUCAAUGAGCGCAGCAGCACCAGCAACAAAGUGCGCCGUCCGCGCAGCUCAAUCUCGCGCGAGGAGAAGGAGAAUCGCGGCGAACGUCGGUCUGCUGCCGGCAACGGAGAGAAACACAUCAAUGCUGCGGGAGCCGGCUCAUUGCCAGCCAAAUCGCAAGAGCGUGAGCGUGAGCGUGAACGUGACCGUGAACGUGAGCCCAAAAAUCGCAGCUAUGGGCGUGCCAAUGGUGGCCACAAUGCAGCCGGUCGCCAAAAUGCCAUGGAAUUCAAGCAGAAACCAAAUCGCUCCUCGCAUGGACGCGGCGAUCAACGAGAUUAUGUGGAUCAGCGCGCUGAGCGCGAUUAUCAUGUGAACAGACCAAAUAGCGGACCCAAGCAGAUUAUCGAUCUGCAAACACAUCAGCAACAGCAACAAAAGCAGCAACAGCAACAACAGCAACAGCAGCAGCAGCAACAGAGGCAGGCACCGCAGCAACAGCAGCAAACACCACAGCAGCAGCAGAAGCAUCUGCCGCCGCAGCCAUUGGUAACUUCGAAUCUGUCGCAGCGUUUGCAGCAGGUGCAGCAACGCAACGAUCCCAGCCAUGUUGGCAGCGUGCAAAUGCACUCGUUGGCCUCACAGAACCAGCAGCAACAACAACAACAACAGCAGCAGCAACAACAGCAGCAACAACAACAACAGCAGCAACAACAACAGCAGCAACAGUUGCAUCUGGCACAACAGCAACAGCAGCAGCAGUUGCCGGCGGAGCAGCGCAAUGGGCCCAAGCGCUACUCCAGUCUGAGACGCAGCCAGCACGAGGCCACACAACAGCAACAGCAUUUGGCAGAGCAGCAGCAAAUGCAGCAACAAUUGCAGCUGCAGCAGCAGCAGCAACAACAAUCACAGUUAAUGCUCCAGGACCCACAUAUGCUCAUGCAAAUUGCCUACCAGCAGCAGGAGCUGCAGGCACAGCUGCAAACGCUGCAAUUGGGUCCAGCACCGCCGACAGCGGUGCCAGCGCCACAGUCCAAACAGCAUGCGCCGCCAACAGCUGCAUAUCCACAGACCCAGGGGGCACCUUACUAUGUGACCAGCGGGGAACCGGUACCGGUUCCGGUGUCCGUGCCUGUGCCCGUAUCGGUGCCCGUACCGGUUGCAGUGCCUCAAGCGCCCUAUGUUAAUCCGGCCAAUGCUGCCUAUCUGCCGCCCACGCCGGCGGCUGUGGCGUAUGCGCAGGCACAAUCCCAGGCAGCCACAGGGCCGCCACAGCCAGCACCCCAGGCGCCACAGCCAACCACACAAGCUGCACAGACAGGGCCACCGUCCAUAAACUAUCACCAAAAUUAUAAUACUGUUGGCGGCACUACAUAUUUUGUGCCGCCAGCACAGACCACCACCCGCCCCGCUGUGCUGCCCCAGCGUCGACCCACCAAUGCAAUUCCCAUACUUCCGCCAUCCGAGAAGCACAAGGCGCGCAACACCAAGCCGGAUGAGGGGGCCAGUGGCAGCGGCAGCGGUGACAAUAUAGACCACAUCAUUGACAACAUGUUUGUGCAGCGUCCGGCCUUCCAGCCGCCGCCGGCCACAGCUGGCGUGGAGGCACCAACAGCCAAACCAGCUAGCGAAGAAACCAAUAGCAAUAUAGCCAUUGCACAGCCACCGGCAGCCGCCGAGCAGAAUCAUCAGGCGGUUGCAGUUCCGGGGCAGGAAUGAGUGCACGUCUAUGCCAAUCCGCGACAGCAGCAGAGACGCGUGCGCAGCCACACGGGCGAACUGAUGUCCAGUGGCUAUGCCAUGCUGCCGCCUCAGGUUGGCUAUUAUCGCGCUCACUAGGAAGUGGCUCGAAAACUGACAUUUUUGACGAGAUUGUUUCUUAUUGCGGCAGGGUCUGCGACUCUUCCUCAACCCCUCUCCCCUUUUUAUAGAGCAUUAGAGCAGUGCACACACACACACACAUAACACAACACAACACACACGACAACACACUACAUUUGUAUUUAGCGAAUAGCUGCACCUAAUCGAACUUACGUCGAUCCGACCUUCUUGUAUGCAUACACACCCAGAGUUCAGCGUAAGGCUUUCCAAGCAAUCCGUAUAUAUAUACUAUAUAUACAUAUAUCUAGUAAUCGGGCGCAGCGGUCCGGCUGCAGCUCUUUUAGAAAGUAUAAUGAAUUUUAAACCAGAGUCAUGUCGCUGGCGCUUAUAAUCUAAUUACAUAAACAUAUAGUCGCAUUUUGAAGUUGGAUUAAUCGUGAAUUGUAAUUAAUCAUUGGACAUUUGAAUUUCAAUAAACGUUGUAACACACAAAACCCCUAAAAGAAAUUCUUUAAAUCAUAUUUACUUUUCCUCAAAUUCGGGAACAGAAAGAACAUCUAGGUUUGGGACACCAAAGAUUACCAAAGAAGCGAAGAUUGCUUGGGCGU